UUAUACGUUCAAGAAAUUGAUAAGCAUCUGAAAAGAUGGUUAGAUCAAGAUCAAGAUCACCACAAUGGAAACGAAGGUCUCUAUCACCUGCCUUCAGGAAUCAGGAACACAACAGACAAAGGCACAAUCACUUUAGUUAUGACUGUGAAUACAAGGGUUACCGGAAAGAUCCAAAGAAGCCCAUGCCAUGGAGAAUGGAAGAUGGGAAACAUGGACAAGUUAAUUCUAGACACAUGCCGCAUGAAACUAACCAGCACCGAGUUUAUGAGUGUCAGUCACAUUCACCGACUCUGAAAAGAAUUCCUUACGAAGAUCUACAUAGUCAUAAACCUUGUAGAACACAUUCACCAGAACGGAAUGAAAAUAUCAAAAGAUACCAGUUUACUUCCAGAUAUUCAGAAAUGUCUCACAAAGAGCAUAAUCAAUCCUUUUAUCCUACCAAAGUACGAGAGAGAGAAAUGCAUGAAGAUACUCGAGCUGCUGGAAAGACAAAAGGAAUGGCAGUUUUUCAUAGACCGUUAGGGACUUCGUGUAAGUUUGAAAGGAAAUGGAAUGAAAAUGACUUAAGGCACCAGCAAUUACAAGAAGACAAAUAUACUCAAUCACCUCGAAGAUUUUCUGGUGAAUAUAUGCCAAGGAGUUCUUUGCAGAAGAGGUAUCCUGAAGAUCGUGAUUACAGGGAACAUGGGUAUACAUCUAAAAAGGCUAAAGAAAUGGAGAGAUAUGAUGACAAAGAAAUAACAAGCAAUUUGAAAUGGAAGCAAGAUCAUUCCUCUUCACCCAACCAAGAGAAGGGAGGACAAAGAAAUCCUCGUCUUCAGUCCCAUCGGCCUGUUGAAAAGGAGUACAAUGACAACUGUAAAACGAAGCUGACAUAUGAUUAUAGUCACAAACGUCAUAGAAUCACAGAGGGAGGAAAAUAUGUUUCUGAUGGCAGAGAAGAAAAGUAUGUCAAGUUGGAAGACACUAAAUAUAACUAUCCUAAAGCAGCAUGGAAUAGCAAAUAUUCAGAUUAUUAUAACAGUGAAAGAGUGAGCCAUACAGAAGAACAUCAUACUGAAGCACCUGUUAAAUAUUUUUCAGAGAAGGGGUGCAACUCCUCUGUUAAAUCUUACAAAAAUGAUACUGGUCUAAUACCCUUUGAUCAAAAAGCAAAGGAUAGAAUAAAGAAGGAAGGGGAUCUUAGGGGGCAAAUAGAUUUUUCCAGUAGUCACCAGCAUGACACCCAUCACAAAGUUUCAGAUGUAAAAGUUUCAGAUGUCCACAGUAGUAAAGAAAGGCUCACAGUCAAAGUGGAUAUGAAGAAAAUAAAUAAAUACAGGGCUGCUUCUAGCCAUAUCAUGGAAAGGCAGAUGUCGUGUGAUCUAGUAGCUGUGGGUAGAAAAACUGAAAAUUUCCAUCCGGUAUUUGAACAUAUAAAAUCUGUGACACAGAAGGUAGAACAUAACCCAUCAAACGAAUUUGCUCAGGAAAUCAUCACAAUUAUCCAUCACAUUAAAGCAAACUAUUUUAAGUCUUCUGACUUGACUUUACAUGAACGCUUCUCAAAAAUACAAGAUAAGCCAAUUACAAAAGAAAUGAAAAGACACUCUGAUCCAGAGAUCCACAGGAGAAUUGAUAUGUCUUUGGCAGAACUUCAGAAUAAACGAGCUGUUCCAUGUGAAUCCGGGCAGAGUGUUGUGAGAGUUCUAGAAGAUCCAAAUGACCUAAGACAUGACAUAGAGAGGAGAAGAAAAGAGAGACUGCAGAGUGAAGAUGAAAACACAUUUUAUGUUGAUGGGAUGUCACAAAGGGAUGAACAGAGUUGUAGCUUUCCAAAACCACGAAACUUUUACUCCUAUGGAUUCCAAAGGUCUACACGAUUCCUAAGGCCACCUUGGAGGAAGUUUAUUGGGAAAAGUCACAUGAAUUAUUAUACUUCAAAAACACAUGAUUCUUCCCAUGAUCAGUUUGAAUGUGAUAUUGAACAUUCUGAAGCACCUAGAAGACCGUUCAAGUUCAACUUCACAGAGGGUCGAUCCCACUUCAAAUCAAAUUUGGUACAAAAGGGUUUAUAUAUACAGGCUAAAUAUCAGCGGUUACGUUAUGCUGGAACAAGAGGAUUUACCACUAACAAAUUUAAAGGAAUGUAUUUCAGAAAAGAAAAGGGCAUGGAAAUCUGA